AUGCCGCUGCCGUGCCGGGGCUGGACGCUGGCGCUGCUCACGCUGCUUGUCGGUUUCCUCAUCUUCGCCGAUAUCUCCGAGAUCGAGGAGGAGAGCGGGAGUUCUGGAGGCAGAGGUACAAUCAGAUCAGCUGUGAACAGCUUACAUAGCAAAUCUAAUAGAGCUGAAGUAAUAAUAAAUGACUCUUCGUCUCCAGCUGUUGUUGACAGAAGUAAUGAAAGCAUUAAGCACAACAUUAAACCAGCCUCAUCCAAAUGGAGACACAACCAGACUCUCUCUUUGAAGAUCAGAAAACAGAUCUUGAAGUUCCUGGAUGCAGAGAAGGACAUUUCGGUGCUGAAGGGGACGCUGAAGCCCGGGGACAUCAUCCACUAUGUCUUUGACAGGGACAGCACCAUGAACGUCUCACAGAACCUGUACGAGCUGCUCCCCCGUACCUCGCCCCUCAAGGGCAAGCAGUUCCCCACCUGUGCCAUCGUGGGCAACUCAGGGGUCCUGCUCAGCAGCGGCUGCGGCCCCGAGAUCGACGCACACAGCUUCGUGAUAAGGUGCAACCUGGCCCCUGUCCAGGAGUACUCACAGGAUGUGGGCAUGAAGACAGACCUGGUGACCAUGAACCCCUCCGUCAUCCAACGGGCCUUUGAGGACCUGGUAAAUGAGACCUGGAGGGAGAAGCUGCUGCAGCGCCUCCACAGCCUCAACGGCAGCAUCCUCUGGAUCCCGGCGUUCAUGGCCAAGGGGGGCAAGGAGCGAGUGGAGUGGGUGAACGAGCUCAUCCUGAAGCACCACAUCAACGUCAGGACUGCCUACCCCUCCCUGCGCCUGCUGCACGCCGUCCGAGGGUACUGGCUAACAAACAAGGUGCACAUCAAGCGACCCACCACUGGCCUCCUCAUGUACACCUUGGCCACUCGAUUCUGCAACCAGAUCUAUCUCUAUGGCUUCUGGCCCUUUCCCCUGGACCAGAACCAGAACCCAGUCAAGUACCACUACUACGACAGCCUGAAGUAUGGCUACACCUCGCAGGCCAGCCCGCACACCAUGCCCUUGGAGUUCAAAGCCUUAAAGACGCUGCACCAGCAGGGAGCCUUGAAGCUGACAGUGGGGGAGUGCGACGGGGCCACGUAG